GGGAUGGCGCGCACGAAGCAGACGGCGCGGAAGUCGACGGGCGGCAAGGCGCCCCGCAAGCAGCUGGCCACCAAGGCUGCCCGCAAGAGCGCGCCGGCCACGGGCGGCGUCAAGAAGCCGCACCGCUACCGGCCCGGCACGGUGGCGCUGCGCGAGAUCCGGCGCUACCAGAAGUCCACGGAGCUGCUGAUCCGCAAGCUGCCCUUCCAGCGCCUGGUGCGCGAGAUCGCGCAGGACUUCAAGACCGACCUGCGCUUCCAGAGCUCGGCCGUCAUGGCGCUGCAGGAGGCCAGCGAGGCCUACCUGGUGGGGCUCUUCGAGGACACCAACCUGUGUGCCAUCCACGCCAAGCGCGUCACCAUCAUGCCCAAGGACAUCCAGCUGGCCCGCCGCAUCCGCGGCGAGCGCGCCUGAGUCUCCUGCCCUCUCUGCUUUAAACCGAAAGGCUCUUUUAAGAGCCACUACAAUUCCACUGGAGAGAGCUGUUGUCUCUGUGUUACGGAGCAGGCACAGGCAGCCCACGGCAAGCGCUUUUCAGUGCCCAAGGUAGUGGCAAUUCAGGGAUAACUGGGGGAACGCGAGCCUUCCGGUAGUGUCCAGCCCUGCCAUCCCCUUGUGUCCUGUGUGUGUCGGGCCAUUGAGCAGGUCACCGUCUAAAGCUGCCGGGGUGUACGGGGCUGUGCUGUGCUGUGGUGG